AUGUCGAAAUCAAGAUCUCAAUCUCCGUCCAAGGACAAGGAAGCCCAAGAUACUGACAAUGUCUUGGACGUUCCUUGGGACGCACCGCCUCCGUACGAGCUACAUUCCUCAGGGUCAAUCCUAGCUAGCACGUCGCGCAUCAAUGACGAGGGAAAGGUCGAUAUUGAGUUCUCAUCGCUGCAGCCCGACGAACUCAAUCGCCUUCUCCCUCCAGACAAGACCCAGGACGUUGAGCCAACCAGCAGUUCUUCCGCCGCAGCUUCUCCCGGGCCGUGUCCAGCCCUUAAUGUCGUCAUUCAAGUUGUCGGCAGUCGAGGCGAUGUUCAACCCUUCAUCGCCCUCGGCGUUGCUCUCCAGCGAUACGGCCAUCGCGUGCGAUUAGCCACUCAUGACACCUUUACAGAUUUUGUCCGUUCCUCCGGUUUAGAGUUCUAUCCCGUCGGGGGAGACCCUGAGGAUCUCAUGGCCUACAUGGUCAAAAAUCCCGGAUUGAUUCCUUCCAUGGAAAGUCUUCGAGGAGGCGAUAUCGGCCGAAAGCGCGUCAUGAUCCAUGAUAUGCUGAGAGGCUUUUGGAGCUCUUGUGUCAAACCAGACCCCGUGUCAAAUCGUCCCUUCGUCGCCGAUGCCAUUAUCGCAAACCCGCCAAGUUUCGCCCACGUCCACUGCGCUCAGGCAUUAGGUGUUCCGCUUCACAUGAUGUUCACAAUGCCCUGGACAGCGACUAGAUCGUUUCCUCAUCCUCUGGCCAAUAUUCAGUCCAAGAACAUGGAUCCCAGGGCUUCAAACUAUCUCAGUUACGGAGUUGUUGAUCUAAUGACUUGGCAAGGACUUGGAGAUGUCAUCAACGCAUGGAGAGUAAAGGACUUGCAUCUAGACCCACUAGCCGCCGCUGUUGGACCCGACAUUGUUGGACUCAUGAAGGUACCAUAUACUUAUUGCUGGUCACCGGCUCUGGUGCCCAAGCCAAGUGACUGGGGAGAGAGCAUUGAUAUUUGCGGAUUCUUCAUGCGAGACGAACCAUCUUAUACACCUCCCGCAGACCUCGCAGACUUUCUAGCAGGCGGACCACCACCAGUCUAUAUCGGCUUCGGAAGUAUCGUCAUCGAUGACCCCACAGCCCUAACAAACAUUAUCAAAGAGUCCUGUAGGGUUGCAGGAGCCAGAGUAAUUAUAUCUAGAGGCUGGAGCAAGCUAGGCGGAAAUGACCCUAGCACCGACUCUGUUUUCUACUUGGGUGAUUGCCCUCACGAGUGGUUGUUCAAGCGCGUUUCUGCUGUAGUCCACCACGGUGGUGCAGGUACUACGGCUUGUGGUCUCGUCAAUGGUCGGCCAACUACCAUCGUACCAUUCUUCGGCGAUCAGCCUUUUUGGGGACGUGUUGUUGCAUCCAACGGUGCAGGUCCGUCACCCAUCGCCUACAAGAGCAUCUCUGUAGAGAAGCUCAGUUCUGCAAUCAAGUUCUGCCUUAGUCCUGAGGCUCAGGCUGCUGCCAACACGAUCGCGACGCAGAUGAGACAGGAGAGCGGCGUUAACACGGCAGUUGACUCUUUCCAUCGGCAUCUACCCGUGGCCACCCUCACUUGUGAGCUCAUUCCACAAAAUGCUGCUAAAUGGCAGUACGUCGCCAGGUCGAAGAAAGGUAGCAAGGGCCAUAUUAGGCUGUCAAAUGCAGCCUUGAAGGUUCUGCUGGACGCCAAGAAAGUCAAGUUGACAGACUUUGAGCCACUUCGACCGAAGGAAUAUCUCGUCGAAAACGAACGCUGGGAUCCUGUAACAGCUGGAGCCUCGUCGGUCCUAGGCACCGUGACAGAUUUCACCUCAGCGCUAGGAGGCGCAUUCAUCGACCCCUUCAAAGACGUAAAGCGCGUCCGACCAGAUGGCACUCGGCGAUCAGCAGGUACAGCGACAGCAGUUGCAAGCGGAAAGGCUCUGCAGGGCAUGACGACCGCUGUGGUGAAGGGAUCGCUGGUGGAUGUCCCCUUGGCGUUCGCUGAAGGAUUUCGGAACACACCGCGAUUGUACGGAGAAAAGGUUGCGGAUUAUGGUCCUGUAACAGAUUGGAAGAGCGGUAGCACAGUUGCAGCAAAGAACUUUGGAAUUGGCUUUUACGAAGGCUUAACUGAUAUCGUGACGAAGCCAAUGAAAGGGGCUAAGGAAGAGGGAACCAAGGGCUUUUUCAAAGGCCUUGGGCAGGGGUCUCUCAACAUGGUUGCAAAACCUGGCAGUGCAACGUUUGGAUUGCUUGCGUACCCGGCUCAGGGCAUUUAUAAGAGCAUUCAGUCUAUGAAGACGAAUAAGGCGAGGGAUGCCGUGGCAGCUGGACGGGUUGAGUCUUUGUCUAUUGGAGAGCAAGGUACUACACCACUGGAUGCUGGCGAAGUUGUGAAACGAUUCCAGGAAUUAACAGGGUAA